AUGAGUGGCAUCGUGCCGGGCGCCGCUCUGCCGUGGGCUGUGCGCUGGGAGAUCAUUCCUGCAGAGGACGAGGGGCGGCCCUUCUCCAAGUGGUGGGGUGCGAGCAUUUCCAGCCAGGCGGCUGCGGCGGCAGACGCGCCGGGCCCCUGCUACAAAUUGUCGUACGACCCAGACGAGAGCUUUGAAGCCGAGGAGCGCAGGGUGCAGCUAACCUCGGAGCACGAGCUGUUUGACCUGGAGGACGAGGACACGCUGAUGUGGCGGCGCGAGGGCGAGGACUGGGAACCGUCCACAACCGCCACGCUCGGGGACAUUAUGGGAGGGCUGCCUGAUGAGGCGGAGCUGCGGGAGGCGGAGGAGGAGGCGCUGGCUGACCUGGACCCGGCCACGCAGCGGAGGGUCGCGGCUGGCUUCAGGGACCUGGCGGAAAGCUUCAAGGAGUACAUGCGGGAGAAGCUGGAGGCAGCCGCAGCGGCUGGCACCGCGGACACCUUUGUGGUGACGGAGGGGAUGGUGGCCGAGUUCAAGGCGACGUACGGCGCCCGCUUGCAGCGCGACCAGGCAAGCGGCGGGGCGUAG